GUUUGACCCCUGUCAUGUUGAUCUCUCUGCUACCCUCAGUGGUGGUCCAUCCUGGGGAUAAUAUCACCCUGCAGUGCACUAAUGUCCUUAAAGUUCAAACAAGUCAACGUCUCAGAGCCUCUGUGCAUCGCGUCUAUGUACACCUCUCAGCCGUAUGUCAAUCAUCACAAUGGUUUUCAGUCCAGCCAUAUGGAAAUGUUAAAUCAGCAAUAGAAUAAUCUUCCUCAAAAUCACAGAGGUGGAUGUAGCUGAUUCUGGUCUGUACUUCUGUGUACGAUAAAUACUUCAUUUUCACCAACAUGAUUUUCCUUAUGGUUCAAGGUAAUCUUUUCAAUCAUUUCUCAGCUGUGACUUCUGGACGCUAUGAAUGUUUGUGCUACAGGCAUGCACAUAAAAGAGUUGGAAACAAGUUAACUUUCAAUCAAUUUUUAUGUAGUAGGAAAAUUAAACUGUCCUAUUCAGCCAAAAGGUUACAAGGAUUCUGACAAAGAGCCAGAGCAAUAUCGUGAAGGUAUGCUUAGUCUGGUAUUAUAUGGUGAAAAUAAUUUAAAACAUACAUUUUAACCUAUAUCUUCGAUAUGAGCUAAUAAUUGUUAGAUUAAUGAGGUAUAGUUUUUAUACUUCUGAUUCUAAAUGACGUUUUUUGAUAAGAGAGGAUGAUAGAUCAAUUAACCUCUUCCCACUGGUUGUAAUGGGUGUUAGUGUAAUGGAACUAUCGCUAUUGUAGGAGAGGAUGAUGAUGGAAUCAUGUACCUCCUUCACCUGGUUGUGAUCCUGGGUGUUGUGACUGAUGUUCUACUGAUAGUCAUCCUCAUCCUGGUCCUCAACAUCACACGAGAGGCAAAAACACACAGGUUUUCA